UUUGCUGAUUUAACAAAGCGUGAUCCACAGUGAUCUAACAACCCCAUGUGGUCUUUACUGUACACUGCUACUACUGUAUAUUGACUGUACUGCUGCCCUCUAUUGGCCAAAAAAUACGCUGCAUUACCAUAAAGGCAGAAUUCUGUAAGCACCUACGUUUGGGUAUGAGUGUGAAGCUGGGUUCUUUUUCACCAGUUUCUUUGUCCCACCUGAAAAGGUGCAGCAGUCAUGUUCUAUAUAUCAGGUGAAUUCAGAUGUAGUUCGUAUUCUACAGAAGCUUGGUUGACACUUUUGUCCAAACAAAGAACAUUUUCAAUGAUACGUUUGGAAACAUAGGACACUGCUCAUCUUCCAUGAAUGGUUGGUUUGAGCGUUUCAGAAGCUGCUGAGCGAAUGGGAUUUUCCCACACAGCAGUCUCUAGAGUUUAGAGUUAAACCCAGGAUGGUGCGGAAAACCAAAAACUUCCCGUCACGUGUGGAACCUUCUGCGGUUGCAACCCAUCCACCUCAAGGUUUGUUUGAUGCUUUUCUGAGUGAUUAUAUGAGUCACUAUGGACUUCCUGUUGUAGGGGUAUUUUUAUUUUCUUCCUGGCCAGACAGGAAACAGCCUGAGUGUGAACGGCACAUCAUACAAACCCUAUGUAGUUCAUAAGUGUAGUGAGGGUGGGUGUGUUUAGAGCCAGGCCAGGUAUUUUGUUCAGGUGACGCGCUGGGAGCCACGCCCUCCGGUAACCACGCCCUCCGGUAACCACAGGACACGCCCUAAACAGAAAGACAAAACACCUGACGCACAAAAGAGCUGCGUGUCCGGUUUUGUGCUCCGAAUCACGUCGACGAUAUGGCGGCCGACGAGUCUAUGUUCGUGAAGACGGUCCUGUCUCUGAACGACGCGUUUAAAGCCGACGACUCCAGUCUGGCUUUGCCGUCUGAGGAGCGGUUAGCUCGCGCUGCUGACGCGGACGCAGCGCAGCGGAGGAGUCGCCGCGUAGAGCAACAAGUGCAGCAGCUCACUCUGGCUCGGAAAGCGAAAGGGUCCAUGAUGAAAGGUAGCGUAUCUAUCAGCCAUUUAAACAGUACCGCACCUUUCCGAAGUGGCCCUAUGAAGGUAUUCCCGCCGUUUGACCAUAAUGACGCUUCAGGACCGAGUCGACCUGUGGUUAGGAUGAAUAAUCUUCCGUGGGCGAGUCUGCGGUUGCCUCAGGUUAACCGAGGAGAGCACGGGAUGUUUAGGUACGGCUCGUCAGGACACAACCUGAACUGGGGAUCUGCAGGUUUUACUCUCCCUGCGAUGCGAUACGUGUCUUCAGCCGACCAUCUCCACGGGAGCCUCCCUUUGAAGAAGACGGCCUGUCCCGAGACGCCCCGGAACGCUCGGCCGUUCGUUUACGGUUGCUCUGCGUCUACGCUUCAGUUUCCGAACAGGCCUGUCUACGAGGACGAUCUGGACGACGUCUUCCUACCCGAGAGUUCGCACGUCACCGCGCUAAGAGCAGAGCAUCAGAAGGUGUCUUGGGAGACUCUUCAGCGAGGAGACGCAGCGUGGGCAGCAGCGACCGUGCCCCUGGUGGUUCCGAGGCAGGAGCCGGCGAGAAGACGACCUUCAGUGGUCAGCACGCACACCCCGAAGAUGGCGGUAGCCGAACCGCGAGAAGCAACAGCUGACACUCUAAAAAACGGGAGGCAAGCCGCACCGACGACAAUGAGGAUGGCUGUAAAUCUCCUGACUGACAAGAACCAGGAGAUGCAGAUCUCCGGUGCAAACUUCAUACAGAACCGGUGCUUCAGCAGCGCAGACGCUAAGAUACGGCUCUGUACGCUGCACGGGAUCCCGAAGCUUUUGAAGCUCCUGGACUCGGACAGCGGUGAGGUGCAGCAAGCCGCAGCCGCGGCCUUGAGAAACGUCAUCUACGAGAACAACGAUAACAAGAUGGAGGUGAAGGAGCACGACGGGGUCGACACGAUCCUGCGCCUGCUCAAGACGAACCGUGACGUCGAAGCCCGGCGACAGCUCACGGGGUUGCUGUGGAACCUGUCCUCUCACGACAUGCUGAAGGAGCAGCUCGGCCGAGAAGCCGUGAAACCCGUCACCGAGACCGUCCUCGUGCCGUGCUCGGGGAUCACUGAGGGCGAAGAUCCCAAACUGGAGCUGCUUGCAGAUCCUGAGGUCUUCCUUAAUGCUACAGGAUGCCUGAGAAACGUGAGUUCAGCCGGACCGAAUGCACGCAAGUCCUUGAGAGAUUGCGAUGGCCUCAUCGACUGCCUCGUCUAUUACGUCCGUGGAACCAUCGCGGAUUAUAAACCCGACGAUCAGGCCUUAGAAAAUUGCGUGUGCAUCUUGCAUAACCUCACCUAUCAGUUUGAGUGCGAGGUGUCGGAAACGUUCAAGCCAGCGCUGCACGAGUCCAGACAGAGCGCUGCUGCUGAGACCAAGAGACCCGGCUGCCUGGUUCUGAGAAACGCCAAACUCUCUGACGCAGACGACCACUCCGAAUCCGACCGCCCUCUGCUGGAGGAGAAGUGUAACCCGUACGGCGUGGAGUGGCUGUGGAGCAGCAUCACCGUCCGCAUGUACCUGUCGCUUCUUGCGAUCGGCAAUCGGCAGCUCACACAGGAGGCGUCCAUAGGAGCCUUGCAGAACCUGACGGCAGGAAACGGAGGGGUGUCGCAGGCCAUGGCGCACACCAUCGUGCAGAGAGAAGGAGGCCUGCAGCAGGUGAAGAAGGUGCUCCAGGAGGGAGCGGAAGAUGUGAAGAGAGCCUCGGUGUGUCUGCUCAAAAACCUGUCGCGCUACAAGGAGCUCCAUUCUGACAUCAUUAAAGAGGUGCUGCCGGAGCUUGUUACCAUGCUUCACGCUUCAGACACGGCGCAGCCUGUUGAGGUCACAACCGUCUGUCAGAUCCUCAACAACCUGAGCCAGGUGUCCGUACAGAACGCCCGCACCGUUCUGAACAACGGCGUCCUUCCCAGGAUCAUCCAGAUCAGCAGCAAAGAGAGACAUGGAUCCACGAAGGUUGGCCAGGCCGCUAGUCUUCUGCUGCACACUCUGUGGACACACUCUGAGCUUCAUGGUAGCUACAAGAAGGCUGGUUACAGGAAGACGGAUUUCAUCAACAACAGGACUGUGAAGGCAGUGAAUUCAGCUCGUAACUGACCUCAUGUGGAAAACUGGAGGACUACACUCGUAACAAGGACUGGUUAAGACUCGUUUUUGCUGAACUGCACUUUUAAUUGAUUUUUUUAUUUUUUUCCCCUUGAACUGUCCUUCUGAUGCUCUGCUCCUGUGUAAGGGCAUCUCUUACACGGUGGUAGAACUGGAUUGGACUUUAUAACCUACUGCUGAGAAAAACGCCUCCACGCGUACAUCUCUGACGGCUUACGAGUUAUUCUGCUGCAUUCCGUCAACUUUUUGCUUUCGAGCAUCCAUCACUGACAGCAAAUGGGGAAACACGGACGCCUUGCAGCACUUGUGUGGAUUUGCAUUUCAACCAUGCUGUCAUGUUCUCAAAAACACCACACCUUAAUGCCCAGUCACUUGCUGCGUUACACGGCAUCCUAAUCCAAAAUAAUCCAUUGAUAGCUCAAUUUAAUUUAAAUUUGAAGCCUUCAUGUAUAUGCUUAAGCCAUGGAGUUCAGUCCGAAUGAAAACAUUGUAGCAAGUCUGCUUAUUAUCGUGAUGUGACUUUAUAAUCGUUCAGUGUACAUUGCAGUCAUUCGUUUUUAUUUAUGAAAUGGGGGGGGGGCAUUUCUUUUCUGUUUUUCAUCAUUUUAAAUUCGGAUGUGUAUCAGCAAUAACUUGGUAGCUGAUAGCAAGGAGGGUAGAUUAAAGAUGGACAUUAAUGUCUAAUGCCUAUGUGCUUUUUAAAAAUGGCUGAAAAACAUCAGCAGGUUUUACCAGAUGAUCAACUAAAAUUUAUUUCUGCUUUUUUUUAUCUCAUUUUCGCAUCUCUUAUAAUGAAUUCUUUUGCUAUUUUUGUGUGUGCCAGGAAAAACAACAAUAUUAUUUAAAAAAAAAAAAAAGAAGCUUUUUGUUUUCCCAUUUUCAUUUCAAAACAAAUGAACGCAGUGUGCAUGGACUAGAAACUAAAUUUGUUACCCAUUCUAAAAGAUUUAUACAUAUUAUAAAUUUUUUUUAAAUAUAUUUUUUAGCUGGGUAACGUGGAAAGGUAACGCUCCGAGGUAACAAGUGACGUAAUGUGCCGAGGAAACAUUCUGACGUAACAUACUGGGGUAACGUGCUGAAGUAACAUACCGAGGUAACGUUCUGCGGUAACGUCCCAAAGUAACGUACUGAGGUAACGUUCUGCGGUAACGUUCUGCGGUAACGUACUGAGGUAACGUUCUGCGGUAACGUACUGAGGUAACGUUCUGCGGUAACGUACUGAGGUAACGUUCUGCGGUAACGUACUGAGGUAACGUUCUGCGGUAACGUACUGAGGUAACGUUCUGCGGUAACGUACUGAGGUAACGUUCUGCGGUAACGUUCUGCGGUAACGUGCUGAGGUAACGUUCUGCGGUAAUGUGCUGAAGUAACAUACUGAGAUAACAUUCUGCGGUAACUUACUGAGGUAACGUUCUGCGGUAAUGUGUUGGAGUAACAUACUGAGGUAAUGUUCUACGGUAACAUACUGAGGUAAUGUUCUGAAGUAACGUGCUAAAGUAACAUACUCAGGUAGCGUUUUGCGGUAACGUGCUGAAGUAACAUACUGAGGUAGCGUUUUGCUGUAACGUGCUGAAAUAAUGUUGAGGUAAUGUGCUGAAGUAACAUACUGAGGUAGCGUUUUGCGGUAACGUGCUGAAGUAACAUACUGAGGUAGCGUUUUGCUGUAACGUGCUGAAAUAAUGUUGAGGUAAUGUGCUGAAGUAACAUACUCCGGUAGCGUUUUGCGGUAACGUGCUGAAGUAACAUACUGAGGUAGCGUUUUGCGGUAACGUGCUGAAAUAAUGUUGAGGUAAUGUGCUGAAGUAACAUACUCCGGUAGCGUUUUGCGGUAACGUGCUGAAGUAACAUACUGAGGUAGCGUUUUGCGGUAACGUGCUGAAAUAACGUUGAGGUAAUGUGCUGAAGUAACAUACUCCGGUAGCGUUUUGCGGUAACGUGCUGAAGUAACAUACUGAGGUAGCGUUUUGCAGUAACGUGCUGAAGUAACAUACUGAGGUAGCGUUUUGCGGUAACGUGCUGAAGUAACAUACUGAGGUAGCGUUUUGCGGUAACGUGCUGAAGUAACAUACUGAGGUAGCGUUUUGCGGUAACGUGUUGAAGUAACAUACUGAGGUAGCGUUUUGCAGUAACGUGCUGAAGUAACAUACUGAGGUAGCGUUUUGCGGUAACGUGCUGAAGUAACAUACUGAGGUAGCGUUUUGCGGUAAUGUGUUGAAGUAACAUACUGAGGUAGCGUUUUGCGGUAACGUGUUGAAGUAACAUACUGAGGUAGCGUUUUGCAGUAACGUGCUGAAGUAACAUACUGAGGUAGCGUUUUGCGGUAAAGUGCUGAAGUAACAUACUGAGGUAGCAUUUUGCGGUAAUGUGCUGAAGUAACAUACUGAGGUAGCGUUUUGCGGUAACGUGCUGAAAUAACGUUGAGGUAACGUGCUGAAGUAACAUGCCGAGGUAGCGUUCUGAGGUAAAAUAUUAAGGUAACGUAUUAAUGCUGCAUUCGUGGGGUUGUGUUUACCAUGCCCCACUUCCUGAGUCAAAAUUUUCUUGUUGGUAGAGUUAACAUUCCUCAGCAUUGCAGAAUUUAAGUUGGGUUCCUGGUCGAUAUUAGUCAUUUAGUCUAGUAACUUAUCACCAUGUCUGUGGGAAAAUGUCGAUAUUCCUGACCCUUUUCUCUUAGCACUGCUGUUCGUAUAGAACACUUAAUGGCUACAUGCUAGCUUAAUCAUUCACCUCACUCAUUGUCUAGUUUAUGAUCUCCAUAUUUAUUAGCUGCUUAGUAAACUUUUUGGUGGCUCUAACCCCUGACACCGCGAGCACGCAAACAUUAGCUUCAGACUUGACUUGAUGCCUCCAAGUCCAGCCUUUGCAGGCAGCGUUUUCCAUGUUCCAUACACGCCCCAAACGUUCAGAACUUAUUCAUUCGGUUUAAAAACACAAAGCUUUGCCCCAGAUGCUAAACUGUUGUGCACGGUGUCCUGUGUUUUUAUUUUGUCUUAAAAUGAUUUGAAAACGAUUUAAAUAUAUUUUUAGUAAUUUUCUCGAAAUGAAAUGUUAGGUGUACGUUAUGUGUAUAAGUCAGAGUCUUCUCAUUAUUCUAGAUGAGCAUUUCCCCUUAGCGUGUGAUGUUUGCAGUACAUUAGUGUAUUAUUUAUUAUACGUAGCACGAUAAGCGUGGAUGUCCCAAACAGCUAGUUUGGGACAUGAGCAUGCAAACGAAUGUUUGGGAUUUAUUAACAUCCAGGUGCGUGCACACACGCGUGAUCAAUCACCUGGAUGUUAAUAAAUCCCAAACAUUCGUUUGCAUGAGCUCAUGCUCAUUUUCAUAAAGAAUAUAUGGGCAACAACUUCCUUUAAAUAAAUAAAUAAAGGCCAGUUGCGUGCUUGUGGUGCUAGACAGACCAUGUGUGUUUUUUGUUUUUGUUUUUUUGGUUGGGUUUUUUUUUUUUUUUUUUUUUUUUUUUUUAAAUGUUUUUUUGUUUUUUUAAGGAGAGCAGCUCCUCCUUGUAGUGUUCUAACAUGAGGGAACAUGAGUGCACGUAGCACUCCUCCUCACCCUGCCCUUCCUCUGGGCUCUCGCUUUCUUUCUUUCUCUCUCUCUCUCUCUCUCUCUUUCUUUCUCUCAGUAAAUCUCCUCCUGAUUUAUGAAUGGAUGAUCGUGUAUCCUUUAAAAACUCUGGUUACACCCGGGGCUUUUUCGGAAGUCCGAGUCAUGAUGUCUGAGCCUGUUUACCUAACCUGACGUCAGCUGUUUUGGGAUUCAGAGUGAUGAUACGUGCUCCAGAAUUAGCCCGAUUGCACCUCUAGAUUAGGCUCAGUAGUCAUAAAUACACGAUAUACAAGUAGAUACAAAUAGCUUCCUGUCAGUCCUAAAAAAAAAAAAAUGAUGUGAGGGAGAAUAAUGACCGAUUAGGGUCAUUAUUAUAACAACGUUUUAAUAAUGUACUUUAAUUCAAAAUGGAAUAGGAGUGCAUCGGACAGUUCUCACAAGCCUGUGGUUAUGAUGCAUAUCAUACGGAUAUCUCUCGUUCUGUCAUACAUCCCCGCAAUCUAAAUUGCAC